CGUCUCUCCUCCAUCACGAGCAGCGCGGACACCAAAGAGAACGGUUAUGGAUGGCCUCACGUCGCGCUUGUGCCAUCUAAGAAUACGCACUGACUUGGAGAAUGUAUGGUCCGAUUUGAAGAGCCCCGAGACAAAGACAAGGCGGCGCCACGCACUUUGACUCGCGAAGAUGCCGCCGCAGCAAAUGCACCGGGACUGUGUCAAUCAAUGCGCUCCUAGCUGCGCUCAGGCUCGGUUAGCUGGGAGGACUCAAAAGCGCGACGUUGCAUCCUCUUGCCGCUAUAGCGGGUAAAACUAGCCGCUCGAAGGCCGUUGAGACCGCAGCAAACUCACCCCAGCCGACGGGUCUGCUCCCCUUCGGGUGAUAUUUAUGAGCUGUUACUUUAGCACUAUUCGGCUGUUGCCCUCCUACAGCCCCUGUUCACCUGUCAUGAGCCCUGUUCUGCUGUUGCUUUCUGUUUAACCUGCUACUUUCUUCAUGGAUUUCUCCUGAGAUAUGUGUGGACUGUGGAUUACAGAACCCAGCAAUAAAUCUUACUCCGAGUUGUGGGGGCAGGCCCAUUCGCACGAAUGCUCGGCAAUGGUUUCCGCCUCUGGAAAUUCCGGGCGGCCCUAAUUUGCGAGUACAGUAGGGGUUUCUUCGGCUACGUGCCCUUGCAAUCGCUCACUACCUUCUGCUACAUGAAUUUACUUAAGUACAGCGCUAUUGUUUUACUUCUGUAUCCUACGGAUCCUCAAUAGCAAAGAGCAGUCCAUUUGCAAGUUACUAGCUAUGGGAGUAGCCGAUGUACGUUUGACUGAAGUGCUUUGGAUGAAGCGGUUUUGAAUUAUCGAAGCGAAUCGCAGCUUGAGCCCGCAACUGGCGUUUAAUCUAAAAUACUACGUAGUAUUUGUUGGAGGACAACAGCAGACCAGGGUCCUUGACAGGUCAGUAGGAGCUGUACGGUACCAACAGCUCGACAGUGCUGGAACAACAGGUAUUAAUUAUUUUCCCUCCCCUACGACCAGCAUACAACCGAAGCUGUAGUCGAAUCCGACGCAACGCCGUUGACACUUACGCUAACGCGUUCGUUUGUGGAGCCCCCGGGGGCAGGCAAAACAAACGCAGCGCUGGCCUUCGCGUUUGGCGCAGUAGAUCGCAACUUGGGACAUCGUUUGGAUUCGCUACAUGCACGAGUCCGUUUUCCGCUGUUAUACUGCUAAGGGUCCACAGUUGUGAGCGGCAAACGUGUGGAACUCGCAAAACGUCGAGGAUUUACUGUUCUCAUCUCUGGCGGCAGUGCGCGCAUGAUGUUUGCCCUCACGACGGCCGAGGCGAUGGAUUCGUUUGAGAAAGUCCUGACUCGCGGCAGCCUUGGCUCGAGCAGCUUUCGAAGGGGUCUCUAGUGGUGAAGUUGAUCGGCUUGUGGCUCUGUAUCGCCACGAGAACCGAGUAUCUGGUCACGAGCUCGUACGUUUUGCGAGAACUCAGCAUCUGACUUGGCCCCGAGAAGUUCUUGGCUGCUGUGGAUUUACUUCCGAGAAACCUGUCAAUCGACACGUCCUUCUUCGGGGUGUCUGGCGCAAGUUGCGGUGACUCUGACCACGGUGCCCACCACCACCACCACCACCAUUGAGUGGUUCCUUCACUUCGAUGUCGUGGAGCUGCAACUGAGAGUGGAAACACUCGCCGACAAGCAGUGAAGUGUGUCAUUCAUCAUUCAGGUCGAAUCAAAGCAGCUACUGUACGACCUCGUCUUGCUGGACAAGGUGGGAGGAAUCAUUGGGCUUGUCCAGUUGAUCAGACUUUCCGAGCACAGUUUUAUAGCAAAGACAGUCUGUGGGUUCUACUUCAUCUGCACUCGUGCGAGUGGAUGGAGCUUCGCUCCGUGGUGCUCAAAAGCAUCGUUUCUCAAGGCAAGUUUUACAGCGGAACAGAACGCUAUAAACCCUUGCCUUGAGAAGCGUCUUGCUGUAGGCAUUUAUGAAGGUAUGGCACUUUCUGUAUCGGAUGAAAUGAAGUCGCUGAAGGCGGGACAAGAGUUGGUCCUUUGUGCUGCUUGCAAUUCGAGCAUUCGCUUUUUGGUUCACAGUAGUCAAACAGGGUGGAAUUGAGUUGGGCAGAUUCCAUGAGACGUUGAAGUCGCAAUCCCGACGGUCACACAUCGCGUCGAGUCGCAAGAACGAGCCAUAUGCGCCCGCUACUGUUGGCUCUGCGUCCGCGCGCACUUCCUCCGUCGUCGUCGGGACUGCUGCGCUGCCGAGGCAUGAAGGUGUACACCAAGACAGGAGACAAGGGCACGUCGCAGCUCUUCUCGGGCGAGCGGCGCCCCAAGAACGACGCCGUGUUCCAGGCGCUGGGCGACACGGACGAGCUCAACGCGCAGAUCGGCGUGGCCGUCGAGCAGGCGCGCGUGGCCGCCAACGCCUUCCUGCCGCCCAAGCUCGAGCAGAUCCAGAGCCGCCUCUUCGACCUCGGCGCCUGCGUGGCCACGCCGCUCACGUCGGCGUCCGAGACCAAGCAGCGCCGCACGGGCGUCUUCGACGAGGCCAACGUGACGCAGCUCGAGCUCUGGAUCGACGAGAUGGACGCGGAGCUGCCGCCGCUCAAGUGCUUCAUCCUGCCGUCCGGGGGCGGCCUCGCCUCCACACACCUGCACGUGGCGCGCGCUGUGUGUCGCCGCGCCGAGAGGAGCGUCGUGCCGCUCGUGGCCGCCGGGGACGUGGACGGCGUGGUGCAGAGAUACCUCAACCGCCUGAGCGACUUCCUCUUCGUGUCCGCUCGCUUCGCGGCCUUGAAGGAGGGCAAGGAGGAGACCAAGUGGGUCAACCAGAACAUCAAGCCCGAGAAGAAGAAGGACAGCGGCGAUGAGUAGUAAGCGAGGACUUUUUCGUCUUCUUCUUGCUGUAAUGAGCCAAGUUUCUCUAUAGUACGGCCCAACGAACGAGCAGCAUUUGAGCAUGGUUGAGUGAGUCUCGUUGCCCUUCAGUUAUGAGUCGCCUUCGUCCUGCACAAACUGCCCUCCGCCUUCAGAGCCGUCCACGUCGCCGCCCUCCACGCGGGUGUACUUGGCCCCGUACUCCUUCAGCUCCUCGCACAGGCCCGAGAGCCAAGUUGCGUGGUUCGUGGCGGCGUGCUGGACCUUCUCGCGGCCUCUCGCCCAGCGCGAGAUCUUCUGCUGGUAGACCUGCUCGGUGCGGCUGGCACUGCUGGUAGUCGUGGGCGUUGCCGCGACCGCGAAUCGAUCCCCGCUACGAGCAGAGCAGCGUCAGAUUCAGCCGAACGUUUAAGUAUCAGAGCACCAUAGCUACUUACCGCAGACCAAACGCUGUUCGCUGGGAGCGCAUCCAUCGCGCGUCUUGGCCAGCGCCGUCUCCUGCAACACAAGAGAUCGUUCUUCUGGGCGCAAAGACCGCUGAUGAGGAGGCCAGCGGGUACCGAUACGGCACGAUGUCCCGUUGCAGCGCGUACGGCGAAGGAGGAACGUGGUAGACGGCGUGGAAAUCACUGCCACGGAAGCGGUCACUUGGCCCUUGUGGUGACUCCUCUGAAAAGCUCCCAGCGUCCGACGCGAGCUCUUCUUCCAGUCGCUCCAGCUUCUCCAGCGUCGAUGCAAGCUCGGAUUGACUCGAGUAGUCUGACCAGUCGGCAGGAGGCUCGUCGUCCUCGCCGUCGCUGCCACUCUCACUUCCUGAUAGAUUGUUGCUACGCCCAUACGCAUUUUUGUGCCUUCGCUUCAACCGAUCGACUAACAGCAGCAAGUACCAAGUUAGUGAGCUCAGAUCCAUCAUGAACACGCCGAGGUUCCACCACCACGUACCCGUUCGCUUCAUCUUCGCGAGCUUUUGCUCUCGCUGCUUGACCCACGCCUCUUGCUUGCGCAACUUCCUCAUGCCUUCGCCCCAGUUCGCCAUGUUCUAGUCGCAUCAAAUGCCCCCAGUUAGCCUCACCUCUUCUCAUCAGACACGGCCAAUACAACGUAGCGUCUCACCUCGUCUAGCAUGCGCUUCACCUCUCGCUGGAUGGGGUUCGCAUCCGAAGACCGCGAGUUUCGCUUCCACUCGUUCUUGCUCGCCUUGAGCUGGUGCGCCUGCUUCGUGAGACCUUGACGUUGAUUCGCCACCAGAGUCCGCGCGUUGACGAGCA